UGCAAAGCCUUGAAGCAAGGGGAAAAGGUUGGGAGGAAGGAAUGAUGAUUGGAAUGAUGAAAAGGCUCAAUGAGUGGAAAAAAGGAAGCCUUGGAAUGCUGGAUAUGCGGAGGGGUUUAAACAGAUGAAAGCUCCAGCAAUGAAAGAGGGUAUCCGGAUAGGUAGGCACGAAGGUCUGCGCGAAGGUCGUGAACAAGGACGCGACAAAGAACGCAGAGACGCGCUUGAUGCAUUUGAUAAAUUCUUGGCAGAGGAGAUGGAUGGAAGUGAGGUAUAUUUACUCAUGAAGAUCGAAGUACCGCGACUGAUGUUCAACAUUCAUGACCAGCAGAGUGACCGGACUCGAAGAUGGACAGCAUCGAUAUAUCAUCCGGAUAGUGGCACAAGUCCAUCUUUUUCUCGAUGAUGGCAUUCCCUCUAGCAAGAUGAGACAUUAUUGAA